AUGCCUUCAUUAAAGACGACAAUUAUCGCGCUCUUUGCCGCCACGGCCACGGCCAUGCCUGCCAGCGUCCGCCUUACACCGCGCCAGAUGCAGUACCACGCGCUGGCCAAGCGACAGCAGGAGAACGCCGCCGAGGCUGGUCUGAGCGACUUUGACAUUUUGCAAUUCGCUCUUACCCUCGAGAACCUCGAGGAGACCUUCUACCGUCAAGGCUUCGCCAAGUUCCCCGCGGCGGACUUCAAGCAGCUCGGCCUCGACGACCAGCAGAUCAGCGACCUGCAGCAGAUUGGAAAGACCGAGGCCGAGCACGUCGGCCUGCUUCAGUCGUCGCUCGCCCAGGGCGGCGUCAAGCCCGUGCAGCCGUGCGAGUAUGACUUCAAGUUCACCGACGCCGCCGCCAUGGUCCAGACCGCCGCCGUCCUCGAGAACAUUGGCGUCUCGGCCUACCUCGGCGCCGCGCCCCUGCUCUCCGACAAGGCCAUCCUCGGCACCGCUGGCUCCAUCCUCACUAUCGAGGCCCGCCACCAGUCGUCCAUCCGCGCCUUCUCCAAGCAGGUCGCCGUGCCACAAGCCUUUGACGCGCCCCUCGGCCCUCGCGCCGUCUUCUCCCUCGCCGCGCCCUUCAUCAAGUCGUGCCCCGAGGGCUCCAACCUGAAGAUUGAAGCCUUCCCCAAGCUCGCCAUGGACGUUGGCGGCGGCGCUGCGCCUGCCGAGGCUCCCGCUGGAGAGGCCCCUAAUGCUGGCGCUGAAGGUGCCGCGGGCGAGGCCCCUAAGGCUGGUGCUGAGGGUGAAAAGGCCGAGGGGGCCGGCGAGGGCGAAGAAGACGAAGAAGGCGAAGAAGACGAGGAAGACGAGGAAGACGAAGAGGUGGGUGAAGCCAGCGAGGGUGCUGUUGAGGCUCGCGCGGAAGCUGCUGCCCCGGCGGCUGCCGGCCCCGGCGCACUCUCGGUCGGCUCCAACUUCAGGGUCAAGGCCGACGGUACCAGCGGCUCCGAGGCCACCAACUGCGCCUUCACCUCGGGCGGCGUCUUCCCCGGCGGCACCGCCUUCUCCAACUUCACCCAGGCCGAGGGAUGCCAGGUGCCCCAGGGCGUCGCCGGCAUCACCUACGUCACCCUUACCAAGGCCGCUCCGCUCUCCGGCGUCCUGACGGACGACAUGAUCGUCGCCGGGCCCAUGGCAGUGACAAUUUCUUGA